CGGGCGGGCGCGCAACGAUGGAGCCUUGGAAGCAGUGUGCUCACUGGCUCAUCCAGUGCCGGGUGUUGCCGGUCAAUCACCGGGUGACUUGGGACGAGGCGCAGGUGUUCGACCUGGCCCAGACCCUUCGCGAUGGAGUCCUGCUCUGCCAGCUGCUCAACAAUUUGCGCCCUCACGCCCUCAAUCUCAAGGAGAUCAACCUGAGACCUCAGAUGUCCCAGUUUCUGUGCUUGAAGAACAUAAGAACAUUCCUUUCUGCCUGCUGUGAAAUAUUUGGAAUGAAGAAGAGUGAACUCUUUGAAGCAUUUGACUUGUUUGAUGUUCGUGAUUUUGGAAAGGUUAUAGAAACUUUAUCCAAACUUUCUCGCACCCCUAUUGCUUUAGGCACUGGAAUAAGGCCCUUUCCUACCGAAGAGAGUGUUAAUGAUGUAGACAUAUACAAAGGCCUUCCAGAUUUAAUAGAGCACAGCCCAUCCCAGGGACAACAGGUUCCCGGUCCAUCGACCAGACGGACUCCUGAAGCUACAUUCACGCCCACGGCCGCUGGCCUGUGCCCAGAGGAGGCUGUCACACCAGAGAUUCCUGCACACGUGCAGGCUUGGAUGGAACGGGCCAUUCGCCAGGGGAUAGCAGAGGGCCUUCAGCAGAGGGUCAGGUCCGGUCCCCCCUCAUUGGCGUCCGAACUCGAUCCGCCAUCUGUCAGGUCCUCGCCCAGAUCGGAUCCCUUUCAUGGUCAGGUACCUUUACAAGGGGGCAGCCCUCUUCCAGAAAGAGAUCUGGAGGAGGCCAUGGAAGAUCAGUUUGGGGUGGAGGAGGAACUGGAAUGGGGGUCUAUGCACCAAGAGGAGCUCCUAUCGGAGAAAUGUCCUGAGAAUGACAUAAGAACUUGCUGUCUUUCGGAAAUAAAACAGACUGAAGAGAAAUACACCGAAACACUGGAAUCAAUCGAAAAGUUUUUUAUGGUGCCAUUGAAAAGAUUUCUGACACCAUCAGAAUUUGAAACAGUAUUCAUCAACAUUCCUGAUUUGGUGAAAAUCCACAGAACUUUAACACAAGAUAUUUAUGAAUCCAUUGUAAGCAAAAGUGACCAGAACUUGUAUAAAAUAUUUAUUAGCUACAAGGAAAGAUUGGUGAUUUAUGGGCAGUAUUGCAGUCAAGUAGAGACGGCUAUUUCCUGUUUAGAUAUUAUUUCCAAGACAAAGGAAGAUGUUAAGCUGAAAUUGGAGGAAUGUUCCAAAAGAGCUAAUAAUGGGAAGUUUACUCUGCGGGAUCUCCUUGUAGUUCCAAUGCAACGAGUUUUGAAGUAUCACCUGCUACUUCAGGAGCUGGUAAAGCACACUAAUGACAUAACUGAGAAGGCAAAUCUAAAGUUGGCCCUUGAUGCAAUGAAGGACUUGGCACAAUAUGUAAAUGAAGUGAAGCGAGAUAAUGAAACCCUCCGUGAAAUUAAGCAAUUUCAAUCAUCAAUAGAAAAUUUGAACCAAUCCCUUUUACUCUAUGGAAGACCACAGGGCGAUGGUGAAAUAAAGAUAACGACUCUGGACAAACGAGCAAGACAAGAUAGGCAUAUCUUUUUAUUUGACUUGGCUGUAAUAGUAUGCAAACGGAGAGGUGAUAAUUAUGAAAUGAAGGAUAUAAUUGAUCUUCAGGAAUACAAAAUAAGCAAUAACCCUACCACUGACAAAGAGAGUAAAAAGUGGUCUUAUGGCUUCUACCUCAUCCACACACAAGGACAAAACGGCUUAGAACUGUACUGCAAAACCAAAGAUUUGAAGAAGAAAUGGCUUGAGAAGUUUGAAAUGGCCCUGUCAAACAUAAGGCCCCAGUUUGCAGAAACAAGUACACAUGACUUUAAAAUGUAUACCUUCACUCGUGUAACAUCCUGCAAAGUCUGUCAGAUGCUUUUGAGGGGAACAUUUUAUCAAGGCUACUUAUGUUCGAAGUGUGGGGCUGGAGUCCACAAAGAAUGUUUGGGAAGACUCGACAAUUGCAGGGUUAAUUUAGUUGAGCAUGGAACCCUGAAACAUGAGAAACGACUGAAUGGACUUCGAAAGAGUUCCAGGCAUAUGGACUCAGGUUUACCCAAAAUGCAAGUGAUUAGAAACUAUACUGGAAUUCCCCAGCCAGUUCCACCGGAUGGUCCUCCAUUACUCAUCCAGAUUGGAGACAUCGUUGAACUCAUCAAAGGAGAUGCACACAGCUUAUUUUGGCAGGGUAGAAAUUUAAUGACCCAGGAGCUUGGUUUCUUUCCAAGUGAUGCAGUAAAACCUUGCCCAUGUGUCCCUAAACCAGUAGACUAUUCUUCUCAGCCAUGGUACGCCGGAAAAAUGGAAAGAUUACAAGCAGAAGCAGAACUUAUUAACCGGGUAAACAGCACUUACUUAGUGCGGUAUAGGACUAAAGAAUCAGGAGAAUAUGCCAUUAGCAUUAAGUACAAUAAUGAAGUGAAGCAUAUCAAGAUUUUCACAAGAGAAAGUUUUUUUCACAUUGCAGAAAAUAGGAAAUUUAGAAGUUUAAUGGAACUUGUGGAAUAUUACAAACACCAGUCUCUCAAAGAAGGCUUUCGAAGUUUGGAUACGACUCUUCAGUACCCAUACAAGGAGUAUGAAAAUACGCCGGAUCAAAGAAGCCACAGAGCAAGCAGCAAUUUGCUGAGUCCCAAAGUCCUCGGGAUAGCCAUCGCUCGCUAUGAUUUCUGUGCAAGAGACAUGCGUGAAUUAUCCCUGCUCAAAGGAGAUGUGGUCAAAAUUUACACAAAAAUUAGCGCCAAUGGCUGGUGGAGAGGUGAAGUCAAUGGAAGGGUGGGCUGGUUUCCAUCGACCUAUGUAGAAGAGGAUGAAUGACUGGCAGAUCCAGUUGGUACUUCCGAUCAUAAAUUUCAGGGCCUAUGAAAGCACCACUGAAGUGUCUGCAGAGCAUUAUUCAUCUUGCUAAGUAUUUGAUACUGCAGCUCUUCUGUCUGAUGAAACUUUCCAGACCCCAACGCUGGAAUUCCUGAAGAUGUUUGUGCUGACAGCUUGAAUAUCUCACUCAGAGAGGUGCAAAGAAGCUGCUUCACAACCUCCCAACACUGGGGACCCAAACUCUAACCUCACCUUCCUGGAGAAAGAAAAGAAAAUCAUUUCAAAACAGACUUCUUUUAAAAACACUUCAUUUCAUUCCGUCUACAGUGAAUUCUAAGUAUGGUUAGCAGUUUAUGAGCUCUUCCUUUCUGUUAAGUGAAAUCUCUGGUGACAGUUAUCACUUAUGACUUCUUCCAGAGGGAUAUGUUUGAGCAUUCCAGUAAUCAUGUGGUCAAUAUUAUUUCUCCUGAAAUAACUUACAGCACUAAUUAACUUUGCCAAUAACCGCACACUUCACCAGUUCUUAAAUCUCUAAAUACACUUUUUUUGGGGGGACGAAGAAUAAAUUCAAUAUGAUUUGCAUGCCAUUUAGUGAAAUAGUAAUGGGGGAGAAAGAAUACGAACAAAUUUAGUGUUUAAAUCCAGGGAUGUUUUAACUGGCUUAUCGGAGUCUUUUAUUACGAUAUUUUAUGGAACCAAGUUUUUAAAAAAGGGAUUGUGACUUAUGCAAUUAUAUUUGAAAAAGGAAUUAAUAGAAAAAGCUGCCUAAUAUAGGGUAUUCCAUACAAAAAUUUAGGUUUUAAUACACAAGCUCAUGUGAUAUCCUAAAAUCUGUAUAUUUAAGAGAAUUUCUACAAUUUUAUAGAGAAAGCUUUGGGAACAGUUUGAUUGUAUCUCUUGACCAUUAUUAAAAAUUCUACUAAUGUUCAGGGAAGCUAUGAUUGUCGAUCAACAGGAUCAAUGAUCUUGCAAAAGGCAUUGUGGGUCCUUGGGAUGAUUGUAUUACACAGAAAACAAAUAAUUCAGGUGAAUAAUACUAUGUCCUAUGCUCCAUUCUGUAGUUGAGCUGAAUGAUUUCAUAAAGAUGUACACUUUUUCUCACUUUGUUGGGUUUCAAAGUUUGGUUAAGUUGAAAGUCAUUGCCACAAAUAAUAUUUCAUCUGAGGUUUCCAUUGUUUUAAGCUUUUGGGAUAAAUUAAGAAGGUCUCUAUAGUUUUCAAAAACAGAGUCUUCAAGGAUUGUGUUUAUGUUCCAGUCCAUAGUUUUGAAACACACACACACACACACACACACACACACACACACACACACACAGUAUUCUUAAAAUAGAUUGAGCAGUAGUAGCUUAAUAUCUUAAGCAGAAAAUACCUAAGCAGCUCAUAAAAGCUCACAAAUAUUGGGUGCAGUUCAUACAAUGACUUUGGAAUUUGUGAAGACUCAAAUUCCUACAUAGGUGAUCUUCAUAUUUUCCAGGGAAACUCCUCUGAAGUUGGUGUGUCCUUUAUAAAAGGUAGCCCAAUUGGGUAGAACUUCAAUCAGCAAUGCAAAUCAAGAAACCUUUAUCUUCUAUUGAUUCAGAAAAGGGACUUUGAAUUGAUUUUGGAUCUGAUAUAAUCAAUAGUCUCUGGCUGACUUUCCCAGACCCCGAGGUUUGUCUUAAUGUUAAAUGAACCAAUUAUUUAAUUAUACAUAAAUUGUAAAAAAAAAUGUUCCACUAUGCUUGUAUGGAGUGUUUAAAUAAUCAGAUAAUUACAGGUUUGAUUCUUCCUUUCUUCAUGCUUGCUUCUGAUGGAAAUGUUGCCUAUUGCUUAUUGAACAGCUGCAAAGACAUGUAGCACUAGUAAACUAAUUCAAGUCCACGAUCAAACUGAUAAAUUAAUAGUGAUAAAGGGGAAAAGGAAGGUGCACAGGUUAGAAAUGGUCUCAACUUCUCCAGACUUUUAUCUUCACAAUUUAAUGCUAGCGGAUAAAGUUUUUGGUCUUGAGAAGUUCAAAAUUAUUUAUUGGAGGCAUUAUUUUGUUGAAACCAAUGACAACCUUUAUAUCUGGUUCCAGAAUUGUAUGUAAUAAAAUGGCCGUGCUGAAAUGUUAGUUAGGAAUAUGUCCUUGGUACUUUUUUGUCUAGUGGGCUAAUCCUUAAGUAAGCAAAAACUGCUUGAUCAGGAGGUUUGCCUCUUUUUAAUGGAGAAAAGUUUUAACUUUAGUUUGCAAAAUGAAACACAUCGUGAAUUCCAUCAUCGCUUAUAUGUCUUGCAAGGAAGAAUCAACUUCAUGUAAAUUUUUUUGGGAGAAAUGGGUUGUUUGAUCAAAACAUUUUGAAAGAUAGUUUAAAAGCUACAAAGUUGGUGUUUGGCAAUAUUUUUGCAACUCAGGCGGAACUUGAAUACCUGGAGCCAUAUCUAAACAAUCUCUUCCAUUAUAGUUUCUCACAAAGCUUCUACAUUCACAUCUGUAAACACACACACACACACACACACACACAGAUGCCACUUGGUAUUCACCAUAAAUCUAGCGAGACUUUUUGUGGCAGAUAAAAGGCAGGCAGCAAUUUAGCCUCACUUGCUUGUCCCUUGGUGUCACAAUUACCCGUUUCUUCAGCUUUUCUUUCUUCUUUGUGCUGUGACCCAGGGAAGAAGAUGGGUGGGUUGUCUUUUGCUGUUUGAGAUAUUUUGAGACAGAUUGCGGGGUUGGGUCUGGCUGAUCCGGUGUGAAUCCCUCUGCAUACGUUAACUUCAUUUUCAGGGAAGAGGCUGGAGAAUCCAGUCGUAGAGGAGCUCCAUAAGUGCACAAAGUUUUAGGUCAGGACUCUGCUCUUUCUUGUCUUCAUUAAAUGCCCUGUGUUGAGUAAGUGAAAUGCUGCAUCAUUGCUAUAUUUCAAAUACCAAAGAUUUAGUAGGCUGGAGCCUUGCUGCUUCUUUAUUUCCCUGCAAUGCCUAUUUAUUUUCCCUGUGUCAGACCCUGCUCUCAUGCAGUGAGCUGGGGCAGUACUUUAAUUUGUAAUGUUAUGUAAAUAUGUGAAUAUAUUAAUAAACUUGUUAAUUACUUGUUU